AUGCCUGCAACUACCACGAGGAAGCGGGCGCGCAGCUCGCUGUCUGAGCCCCCGCACCGGCCGGCGCCCGGCGCCCCGGACCUCGCCGGGCAUUAUGUGCCGUUGCACCCGUCCACGUGCGCGCCGCUCCACGACCCCCCGCCCCGCGGGGACGCAGACAUCGUCGAUGCCCUGCGCGCGAAGCUCGCGGGGCCGUAUGCCAUCGCCGGCAACGCGAGGUACCCUCCGAGGAUCCUGUCGUGGUUGCAGCCCGUCGCCGAUGCCCUGGAGGCUCACCUGUCCCCGCUUGUUGCGGAAGCGACCGACGCGCCCGCCGUGCACUGCUCCGCGAUCCUCGUCGGCAAGCGCGGUUCCGGCCUGUCGACCGUCGCGUGCGCCGCUCUCUCGCAGCUCGCGCGCCGCUGCAACACCCCCCCCGCGGGCCGUGAAACCCCCCUCCCGCACAACCCCGCCGACGACGCCGAGGCGGUCGCCGCCAUGGCCGACGCGGUGUCCGACAGCGACAGCGACCCCGCCGAGGGCGCCGACGCCGACGCGGAGCGCGCGCAGCGCCAGACCCGCGCACUGGACGUGCUGUCACGCCGCCUGGCGCAGGGCCCGCGGCUCGGCGUGGUGCGCCUGAGCGGGCACGUGCACAGCGGCGACGACCGCGUGGUCUACCGGGAGCUCUGCCGGCAGAUCUGCAGGCAGUGGCGCCUGCCGUACGCCCGCACCAGCUCGAUCGGGCGUAACUGGACCCUUUUGGAGACACUCCUGGGGUCGUUACGGGCCGCGGGGCGCGCGCUGGUGCUGGUGCUUGAGGACAUGCAGGAGUUCACGACGUUCCGGCAGCGCCUGCUGUACAACGUGCUCGACCUGAUGCACACGAAGGAGGUGCGUGCGGCGGUGGUGGGGCUGGCGGCGCCGGCGACGAUCCGGGAGAUGCUGGAGCGGCGCGUGCGGUCGCGGCUGAUCCACCGCGCGAUCGUGCUGCGUGUGCCGGCGCCGUCGGCGCCGCUGGGGGGCGACACGCCGGCGUCUGAGCGGCCGCGCGGGGGGGCGGCGGCGGCGGCGGUAUCGGCGCGGAACGAGGACGUCAAUGCGGAGAUGAUGGCGAUGAUGGACGACGUGGGCGCGCCGCAGCAUCUCGACGCGCACGUCAUGCUCCAGGAGAUGCUGAGCGUGUCGGAGUCUCCGCGUGCGUUCCCGGACACGGCGGCAGCGCGGGCGCACAACAAUGCCGUGGCGAAGGCCCUGUCCGACGCCGCACUGCGCGAGGACCUCGCGUGGCGCGUGCGGCUGGAGGAGUUCGGCCCGGGCCUGCACGCGCUCGCGUCGAUCGCGCGCGCGGUCGUCUCCGGCGUCGUCGCGGCUCAGCAACGCACGGGGGGGCCUGCGCCGCCGGUGACGACAGCGCAAGUCGCGGCGGCGAUUCGGGGCCUCGAGGCGACGACGGAGAGGGAGCUGCGCAUCCGGUCGCUCGCGGACGCGAGCAUGUGCCAGCUGUACAUGCUGGCGGCGCUGAUCCGCCUGGACGGCCGCGGGGGGGAGUCCCUGCCCAACUUUGGGAGGUGUUAUGCCGAGUACCUCGGCAUGAACCCGGGGCGGAACGCGGCGUUCUCGCGGUCGGCGUGCCUCGCCGCCUUCGAGGAUCUGAUCGAGGACGGCCACGUGGAGAUCGCGGCGGGAGGCGCGCGGUGGGAGGACCUGGGGGUGAACAGGGCGUACGUGGCAGCCGCGCCGCGCACGGCGGCCGCGGAGGCGCUCGAGGCGCUGCAGCGCGUGCGGACCGAGCGCGGGGACCCCGCUGCGGAGAUGCUCGACAAGUGGAUCCGGCUCCAGGGCGUCGCCAACGUCGACGUUUAA